AUGUCUGAUUCAAAAGUUGUUACUUACAAUCACUUACUCUUUGAAUAUUCUCGCAGUAAUAAGAAUGUGGAAGCUUUGAAUUUAUUCUUUGAAAUUCAUAGGUUAGGUUUGGUGAAUAAUGGGUCGAGCCUAUCUUGUGCACUGAAGGUGUCUGGUGUUUCAAAUAAUCAGAUUGUUGGAAAACAAUUACAUUGCCAUUGCAUUAAAUCGGGUUUGGGGGUGGAUGUUAGUGUGGGUACUUCUUUAGUUGAUAUGCAUAUGAAGUUUGAUAAUGUGAAAGAUGGAAAGCGUGUGUUUGAUGAAAUGGAGGUGAAAAAUGUGGUUACUUGGACUUCUUUGCUUUCCGAAUAUGUGCGACAUGGAUUGGUAGAACAAGCAUUAGAGGUAUUCACUCGGAUGGGAAAGGAAGGGAUCAGGCCUAACCCUUUUACUUAUGCAGCUGUAUUCGGGGCUUUGUCGGAAUAUUAUAUGAUUGUUAAAGGGAGUCAAGUUCAUGCGGAAGUGAUAAAGAGUGGUUUUGAGUAUUUUAAUCCAGUGGCGAAUUCCUUGAUUAACAUGUAUGCAAAGUCUGCGAUUUUCAGAGCACCGUUCGCUUUUUUCUUCAAAUGGAGGAGGAUGUCAUCGGCACUUAAUGUCAUACCUACUCAUAAACCAAAUGUUGAAGAAACUGAUCAUCUCUGA